AUGGGCGUCAGUCGUAUCGUGAGCACCGCCGUACAGAACGCUGGAUCAAUCUCACAUGCAUCAGAGAAGCAUCUCGUUACCAGUCCUUUGAUUAUAUUGGACUGGGAUGAUACUCUGUUUCCCAAUACACACUUGGCUAAAUUAGGCUUUUCUUCUGAAGACAAGUCCUUUGUUAUUUCUCAGGAUGGCGUAUCUACUCUUAAAGAGCUUGCUGAGGAAGUCGAAAAGUUUCUCAUUGCCUGCCUUAAUAUUGGUACAUGCUGUAUUGUCACCAAUGGUCAAAGUGGAUGGGUCGAGCGCUCAUGCAAACGUUUUCUACCAAAUGUUGUACCUUUGCUUGAGAAAAUCACGAUUAUUUCUGCACGCUCUUGCUUUGAAAAGAUCUAUCCAGACCGACCCAUCGAGUGGAAAAUUGCAGUCUAUCAAGACUUACUUGCAAAGCACGGCUGUAUGCAAAUGUCUCUUUCGGAAUCCCGAGAUGAUUGUUGUCAACAACAGGAGCAUGAAAUACAGCAAGUGAUUGCACUUGGUGAUUCACAAGGGGACCGUUGCGCCAUUCAAUAUGUUGCUCGACGAACACUCAAUACGCAAUUAAAGUCGAUCAAGCUGCUGGACAAUCCAACCAUAACGCAAUUACAAAAACAGCUAAUGUUGCUUGGCGUUUACCUUGUGCAACUGAGCUCUCACAAUGAGACGCUUGAUCUGGAGCUGUCAACUGAAAUGCUGCAGUGA